CAAAUACCGAUGUUCUGGAAGACCCAUUAACGACAUUAGGAUUUUAAUAUGGAUUUAUAUGAAAAAAAGGAAUGAUUUUAUUUAUCUUAGGUCUGAUAUUCUUACUUUACGCCUUCCGGUGGGUUCGAGAGCUGAAACAGGUGCCAAACAUAUCUGAGAAAUAUGUCUACAUCACAGGAUGUGAUACAGGCUUUGGAAACCUCCUGGCUAAACACCUAGACAUACUGGGCUUCUGUGUAAUUGCUGGCUGCUACACGGAGAAAGGAGAAGAUGAGCUAAAUAAGGCCUGCUCAACUAGACUCUCUACUGUACAGUUAGAUGUUACUGACAAUAACAGCAUCAGCAAAGCAACAGACUUCAUUAAAACACUGGUGCAAGCAAGAGGUAAGAGAGGAUGACUAGGUAAACAGUCUUAACCUCUUAAAUUCUCCGUGGUUAAUGUGGCCAGUGUGUUUGGAAGGAUUAGUAUAAUUGGAGGGCCAUACUGCAUCUCAAAACAUGGAGUGGAGGCAUUCAACGACAGCCUAAGGAUAAACAUGGCACAAUUUGGAGUUAAGGUUCUGUGUAUCGAACCUGGAUGCUUCAAAACAGGUGUGACUGACAUUGAUGUUAUUUUGAACAAUGUUCAGAAAUUAUGGGACCGACUACCACAAGAUGUCAAAGAUGACUAUGGAAGUAGCUAUAUGGAUCAAGUGAAAGUAUUCUUGAAAAAUAAGUUUGUGAAGAUGCUGGAUGGAGAUCUGAUGAAGGUGGUGAGCUGUAUGGAGCAUGCAGUCGCUGCCGUCCAUCCCCGCACCCGCUACUCUCCUGGUUGGGACGCCAGACUCUUCUGGCUGCUGCUCUCCUACCUGCCAACCUGCAUUGCUGAUGCCAUAAUUCUAAAAAACAUUAGCAAACCAAAAGCCUCUGUUUAUAAACCAUUCCUUUGCUGUUCAGAACUACUGUACAAAGCUGGAUAUUCUAACGUGCUGCUUACCAUGUAAAGCUAUAAUUUUCUAACAUACUGUAACUAACUCAUCUACAUGUUACUAACUAUAGCUAUAGUCUAGGAUCCUGAUUUUUCUAGCCUAACCAGCCUGUUUUCAGUUUGUGCAGUCCAGUGUGUAAGUCGUUAUGUAAGGUGCAUCCAUGACAGUGGGGGAGAUACCAGUUUACCUCCAGAACUCUGGCUCACACAACAAUGUCUCACAAGAACAGCAAGUCCAAGAUAUCACAUCAGAGUUCAAGGAGUCAUAGUAAAACCGACCACUGUCCACCACACUGAACAUCUCAAGAUUUUCUCUCUGCUUUUAUUUUAAUGACAGGUCACCAGAGGCAAGCUAAUACCCCUCAGUGGAUAUGAUUGUUGUGAUAGUGU